AUGGGCCUGUACGGUUCCGAAGUGUUCUUCGGAAGAGCUCACAUCCUCAAGUCACUGACCAAUGUGAUACCUUCCUCCGUACCAGCGGUGCAUGAUUGGCAACAUCUGAAAGAUAUACCUUUAGCAGACCCCCAGUAUUUUGUACCUCGAGCAGUGGACAUCAUUCUGGGAGCAGAUAUGUAUUUAAAAAUAAUCAAGCCUCAAGUCAUCACCGAUUCUCCGAAUGUACUGAUGGCUGAAUUGUCCAUUUUUUGGAUGGCUUGUGCUGGGAUCAAAGUAGUACACUCAAGCGAAAAUCCCAAGCUCACGCCAGAAGAGCAAGAGUGUCAGGAAUAUUACAAGAACAAUUACUCACGCACAUCGAGUGGAAGAUAUAUAGUAUGCAUCCCGUUCACUGCCCCCGCUGUUGGUCUCGGAGACACGUACGGAACCGUGCGUCGCAUUUUACAGAGUCUGGUGAGAAAAUUCUCAAAGGCAGAAAAUUAUCUACAACAAUACCAACAAUUCAUGAUAGAAUAUAAGAAUCUUGACCACAGUAGACAAGCUCCUCAAAUUCCCAGUCAUCAAGUCCAAUACUAUCUGCCACACCACGGUGUACUCAAACUUCACAGCACUACAACCAAAUUAAGAGUGGUUCGUCACAUCUAUAGCUUCAUGGUUUCUCUGACGCAUCACAACAAGCAACAGCACACCACGGUGUACUCAAACUUCACAGCACUACCACCAAAUUAA